UAAAAACCGAAAUGAACGGUCGAAACACCAAAGAUUAGACGAUGAGAGAUGUUAGCCGUCUCUCUCUCCCUCCCUCCCUCCCUCUCUUUCUAUCUCAUUCUCAGAUAAAACUUUCCGUAGACGGUUGGAGUGCUAAGUUGAAUAAAAACACUCAAGAAUUAUAUUCCACCAUCUCCAAAGAUUAUAUAACCAAACCCUAUCUUUGCCUAUGCCUUCAUGUAUGAGCAGAAACUAGUGGGUUUCCUUUUGGAUUCUUUUGUGUGUUCUUCGUGGUUGUUGUUGCUUUUAACAACAGCAGCCGCCGCCGCCGCUGCCGCUUCUUCUUGUAGCGAUGAAGGAUCGUAGGAAACGCGACGUCGUUUCCUGGAGCCGGUUCUUUUGGUGUACUCUCUUCGUCGUUUCCUCUUGCGUCCUCUACACUGGUUUCAGUUUCUCCACUUUUCGCCUCUUACUUGGAGAUAAAUUUCAUCCAGAAAAAAUCGUUUCUGCAUGGCGACCGCCGGCGUUGCAAGCUAUCUCCGGCGACUCUCAGAUGAAUUCGGCUACUAUUUCAAUUCGAGAAACAGUUAUUCUACCAGACCAGGUUCUUAUUUUCCUAAAAUACCCUCAAUCAGCUCGCUUAUUUACCAAAGAGGACUUGGAUUGCGUUUAUUUCGCGGCCGGGAAAUCCUCAUCGUCAUCCCAGCCGCAGUUCAAGCAGCCUCCUAAUCAAAUAGAUGGUGCUGAUCUGGAUGACCAGAUCAUACGGUGUCCCCUCAAUCCACGUGGCUUCCUGGUUGCGCUCGCCUUGAAAUCUGGUGGGUACAUCAAGCCUGGGCCGAUCCACAGGUGGGACUCACUCGUGUAUGAAGCAAUGAUCGACCGUGACAAUACCACAAUAGUAUUUGUGAAGGGGCUCAAUCUACGGCCAGAUAGGCUGUACAACGCAUCAAGAUUCGAGUGCGUGUACGGCUGGGAUCUCAGGAGGCCAAAGUUCUUAUUGAGAUCCAACGUCAUAUCGAUAGCCCAAGAGAUCGUACGGUGCCGAACGCCUUUUAGCAUAUUGAACAACCCACAGAAAGUAAACAAUUCCAUCAAGGUCUCAGUCAGAUUGAAAGGCAGAGGAACAUUACACUCUAUAGCCCGACCGGCGCUCCAAUUAAAUCGAGACUCAGACCCGACCGCCCGAAAGCCGUAUGAAAUGUGCAUAUGCACAAUGUUGCGCAACCAAGCGAGGUUCCUUGGGGAAUGGGUUAUGUACCAUGCUCAAAUUGGAGUCCAACGUUGGUUCAUUUACGAUAAUAAUAGCGAGGAUAAUAUUGAUAGUGUCAUAGCAUCGUUAGUGGAUAACAAUUUCAACAUUUCAAAACAUGUGUGGCCUUGGAUCAAGACCCAAGAGGCAGGACUCGCGCAUUGUGCAUUACGGGCACGCAGCUCUUGUAAAUGGGUUGGGUUCAUAGACGUAGACGAAUAUUUUCACUUGCCAACUGGAUUGAAUUUGCAUGAUGUGCUUAGAAAUCAAUCCGAGUCUAGUAGUAGUGAUGUCGCAGAACUACGUGUAUCGUGCCAUAGUUUUGGACCAUCUGGGCUGGAACACAUGCCGGAGCAAGGCCUCACCGUAGGAUACACGUGCCGGAUGAUGGUGCCGGAAAGACACAAGAGUAUAGUGAAUCCUGAGGCAUUGAAUUCCACAUUGAUCAAUGUAGUGCACCAUUUUCAUUUGAGGGAUGGGUUCAGAUAUGUAAAUGCUGAUAGGGGAGUUUUGGUGAUUAAUCACUAUAAGUAUCAAGUAUGGGAGGUGUUCAAGGAGAAAUUUUACAGGAGGGUGGCUACUUAUGUGGCUGAUUGGCAGGAUGAACAGAAUGUUGGGUCCAAGGAUCGUGUCCCCGGGUUGGGGACUAGGGCCGUUGAGCCACCGGAUUGGGGCAGUAGGUUUUGUGAGGUGACUGACACUGGACUUAGGGAUCGAGUGUUGGGAAAUUUCAGAAACCCAAUAACUAAACUUUUGCCAUGGCAGGAAGAUGGGGGAAUUUUGGAUGUGCAAAAUAUGGGCUUGUCCAGGUUAUGAUGGCUUUUGGGAUUUUUUUUUUCUUUGGCUUAAUUAUGAUGUAAAAAUUAUGUAGAUAUUUUAUUUUUAGUGUAGAUGUAUACCUUUGAUGUUUUGUCAUCGUGUAUAAUUUUGAAAUCAAUGUCCGAUUACAUAGUGUC